UAGGCGACCUGCAUUACAGGCGUCUUCAUAUAUGAUUGUGGAUGUUAUUGAAGAAUUAGAAUAUCCACAAUGUACAAAAAGAUAAGUUCGCUAUGGAUAAGUUUAUUGAUGUCAAUGAUAUUAUUUUGUGGUGAGAUUCAUGUAGGGGCAUACUUGGGCAUAAAUUGGGGGAGGAUGGCAACACAAAAGUUUGUUCCAUCAAUGGUUGUGGAUUUACUCUUACAAAAUGGAAUUCCAGAGUUGAGACUUUUUCAACCAAGCCUUCAUGUUCUUGAUGCUUUUGCUGAAACCAAUAUUGGUCUCAUCAUCACCUUACAAGAGAACUUUUUAAAAAAUGCUAUCGAGCAAAAACAAAUUGACGACUAUAUUCAUGAACGUGUCAAGGUUUAUUCCGAAAAAGGAGUUAAAUUCAGGUAUGUGUACGUGGGGAACGAACCCUUUACAAAAUCAUUGUAUAUGAAAAAACAAUUUAAUGGUACUAUCCGUUUCCUGAAUAUGACGAGAGUUGCCCUUGAUAAAUUCAACCUCCCAGAUAUCAAAGUAACAACUCCUCAUUUCACGGACGUCUUAACAAAUGUUAGCAAGCCAUCAGAAGGUGAUUUUCGAGAAGACAUAAAGGGGAAAAUGUUGGGAUUUCUUGAUAGCAUUAACAGAACUGGUGCCCCUUUCGUUAUCCAUAUGUUCCCAAUCUAUACGGUUUAUAGAUACGGAUUUGAUGUGGACUUUGCUUUCUUUGAUAAUAAAUCCAAGUUCAAAAUCGUAGAUGGCAAUAACACUUAUACUAAUCUCUUUACUUUCAUAUACGAUACACUUGUUUCUGCUCUAGCAAAGGCAGGUUAUGGUGAUAUGGAGAUUGUUGUCGGACAAAUUGGUUGGCCUACAGAUGGAUAUGUGAGUGCAAGUGAACAAAAUGCUGAAAGAUUUCAUCGCGGACUUCUUAAAUAUAUUGCUAAGAAGGAGGGAACUCCACUACGCCCAAAUAGAGAUAUAGAUAUGUAUCUCCUUGGCUUAACAGAUGAGAAUAUGGUUGUUACAGAUUAUGGACCUUAUCAACGACAUUGGGGUAUCUAUAAGCACGAUGGUGUUCCCAAGUACAAAAUUGAUUUCACCCUGCAAGACCGAGAUGUCAAGCCUUCCAUUGCCAAAGGUACCGUGCGAAUGCCAAACAGAUGGUGUGUGUUUGAUGGUAAAACGGAUCACAAUGAGACCCUAGUGUUGCAAGAUUACGACUUUGCCUGUGAGAAAUCAGACUGCACUGCAUUUGGCUCUGGUGCAACGUGUGAUCACCUCAGUUUCAUAGAGAAGGUCUCUUAUGCAUAUAAUAUGCUUUACCAAAUGGGUAAUCAAGAUAUGAGGAAAUGCAAGUUAUUAGGAGCAAAGAUGACCACAAAUAAUCCUUCCACUCCAGACUGUGAUUUCCCAAUUGAGAUCUUAACUGCAGAGGUGGUGGAUGGUGGAUCUGGAUUAACCAAGAAAUACUAA